UCCUGAAAAAAGUCACACACUCAAAACCGUCGGAAAUGUUUGUUACAUUAGUCAUGUAAAAUUCAUACAAAGCUUUGCUUAUUGUAAAAGUCUUGACACACCCCAUUGCCGGAGAUGCCAAACCUCCAACACUUCCUUCUAGUCACUUCUAUUUGCUGUUCAUAAGUUAUCAGUGUUGACAUCUCACAGGUUUAUCCACUGCAAGGGUUUUUUUCUUGCCUUAUUCGCCGGUUUUUCAUCUCUUGUCAGAUUCCUUCAGGAGUGACACGCUGCAGAGAUGCUUUCCACUGCGGGAAAAAUGUUCAUUUGCUUACUGUGCAUCACUGCCAUUGGUGUGUUGUCCAAUUCUUCAUGGAACUUAUCUGUAGGCCUAUUUUCCCUCCGCCUUCUGCACUCAGGUGUUUGUGCCUGUCACAGAUGUUUAACAGAGGGUGAUCCUCGGUUUAGGGAACUUAUCAGUGCAUCUCCCAAGCCCUUUUUGUCAAGAAAUUAUACAACCUCAGAGGAAACUUUCAAUUGGUGGAAGCACUUACAGAGAGCGGGCGACGACUUCAGUUUCUACAAUACAACAGUGGACAACCUGUUCCAGAUGUUCCCACCCAGUCCAGAUGUUGUAGAGAUAAGUCCUGACCGCUGCAGGACUUGUGCUGUGGUGGGGAACUCUGGUAAUCUGAAGGGAUCACGCUAUGGACCUCUCAUAGAUAUUCAUGAUAUCGUAAUAAGAAUGAACCAUGGCCGAACCAAAGGGUAUGAAGCAGACGUUGGGACCAAAACAACUCAUCAUGUCAUGUAUCCAGAGAGUGCUGUUCAUCUGGACAACAUCACUCAUCUUGUGCUGUUUCCAUUCAAAAUAAAGGAUUUGCUGUGGCUUCUCAGGAGCUUCAACCAAGGGGAAAACCAUGCUGUGAACUCAAGGAGGAUAGCUAACAAGGAUUUGGUGAUGAUCCUCAAUCCAGCUUUCAUGAAAUAUGUCCAUGAAAUGUGGCUGGGAAAUAAGGGCAGGUAUCCAUCCACUGGCUUCAUGGCUUUGCUUUUAAGCAUGUGCAUUUGUGAUGAGGUCAACGUUUUUGGGUUCGGACCUGACACAGACGGAAACUGGAACCAUUACUUUGAAAUUCUCAGAAACAAACAUCUGGGAACUGGACCGCAUGCUGGAAUGGAGGAAUAUAAAGUUAUUGAGCAACUACACGAUAAGAAGAUAAUCAGCUUUUUUAAAGGAUUCUAAAAGUCA